UGUGUGUGUUCUUCUUCUCCUCCUCCGGAGCUUCACUCCCAGACAAACGAGCCAUUUAUCAUCAAUCAUGGCCGCCGGAGUACACAUUUAACUCCCGUUUCCCCCCCUUUGUCCAUCUGAAAGGGGAGGAUUUGUUUGUUUGUUUGUUUUGAGGAGACAACAAUAUUAGUCCCCCCCCGCACUGAUUUUUGGAUUUCCUCUUGGAAUUACGACACUUCUCGGGAGGGAGAUACCAUUCAUGUCAAUACUCCAAAAUGCAGCCGCCGCCGAGGAAGGUGAAAGUGACACAGGAGCUGAAAAACACAAACACAGAGCAGACGACGAGACUUCACUUCAAACACCAGACCGAAUGUGACCUGCUGGAGGACAUGAGGACCUACAGCCUGAAGAAGGGGCAGCUGGAGAGGGACUACGCACAGGCUCUGCAGAAGUUGGCGAGUCAGUACCUGAAGAGAGACUGGCCCGCCAUCAACCCCGAUGACCAGAGGACAGACUACAGGUGUGUGAACGUGUACGCGGUGUGGCGGUCCUACCUGGAGGGCACGGUGCAGGUGAGCCAGGCGCGGCUCGCCGUGUGCGACGGCUUCAGGCUCCAGGUGUCGGAGCCGGCCAAAACGCUCCGGCUCUACAAGGAGCAGCAGCUGAAGAAGAUCAUGGACCAGCUGAGUGGGAUCCAGGCGGAGCUGCAGGAGUCGGUGAAGGAGUUGGCCAAAGCCAAGAAGAAAUACUACGACUGUGAGCAGGUCGCCCACGCGGUGCGGGAGAAGGCCGACAUCGAGGCCAAGUCUAAACUGGGUCUGUUUCAGUCAAGAAUUAGUUUACAGAAAGCAAGUGUUAAGUUGAAAGCGAGGAGAAGUGACUGCAACUCCAAGGCGACGCACGCCAGGAACGACUACCUGCUCACACUCGCCGCCGCCAACGCUCACCACGACCGCUACUACCACACCGACCUGCUGCACUGCAUACAGACCCUGGAUGGCAGGAUCUACGAGCACGUGAAGGACUACCUGGUGGAGCUGAGUCGCACGGAGCUGGAGGCCUCCACCGCCACACACAACACCUUCCAGUUCUUAUUGGACAAAUCCACCAGGAUAAUACAAGAGUACAACCAGCAGCUGUUCAUGCAGGAGAACCCGGUGUUCCACAAAGCUCACGACUUCCAGUUCCAGCCCAGCGACUGCGACAUGACUCUGAGCUCGGUGCAGCGGUUGGUGGACAUUGAGCCGUCGCCCGUCAGUGCCAUGAGAAUGACCCUGGCACAGAGCCGUCAGCUGGAGUCGGAGUCGGGGACGACGGAGGAGCACAGUCUGAACAAGGAGGCCAGGAAAUGGGCCACGAGGGUGGCCCGAGAACACAAGAACAUCAUCCACUACAAGAGAUGUCUGGAGGAGUGUGAGGGUCACGGCUUGCCCCCCUCGGAGCAGGGCCGACUAGAUCUGGAGAUGAAGAUCGAAGACACCAAAGAAAACAUCCGCAAAGCCGAGACGAUAAAGUUAAAAGCUGAGGCUCGGCUGGAUCUUCUGCGUCAAGUGGGCGUCGCCGUGGACACCUGGCUGAAGAGCGCCAUGAACCAGGUGAUGGAGGAGCUGGAGAAUGAACGUUGGGCCAGCUACACCUCCCACGACCCCUCACUGUCGGGCAUCGUGGACUUGGAGCGCGAGGAGGGAGAGGAGUGUGAAGAGAACAUGGAGAUCUUUGACGACAGCAGCUCCAGUCCGUCGGGAACGCUCCGGAACUAUCCGCUGACCUGCAAAGUCCUGUACUCGUACAAGGCCUCUCAGCCGGACGAGUUAACGAUUGAUGAGCAGGAGAUGUUGGAGGUCAUUGAAGAUGGAGACAUGGAGGACUGGGUCAAGGCUCGUAACAAGUCGGGCGGCGUUGGCUACGUGCCAGAGAAGUACCUCCAGUUCCCGACCUCCAGCAGCCUGCUCAGCAUGCUGCAGUCUCUGGCCACGCUGGACGCGCGGUCGCACACCUCGUCCAACUCCACGGAGGCGGAGCUUCACUCGGGCUGCGUCGUCAACGGCGACGCGCACAUGAUAUUCGUCCGCGCACUCUACGACUACGAGGGCCAGGCGGACGAGGAGCUCUCCUUCCACGAGGGCGCGGUGAUCCGCCUGCUGAGCCGCGACACGCAGACGGACGACGGCUUCUGGGAGGGCGAGCUGAACGGGCGAGUGGGCGUGUUCCCCUCCGUGCUGGUGGACGAUCUCACGGAGAACGGAGAGACCGGAGGAGGAGGAAGAGGAGGAGGAGGAGGGCUCGGUGACAUACAGAUCUCUCCGUCCCUGAAGUUUCCGUGUUCUCUGCCUCACCUCCCGCUGAACAAACAGCCUCCCAUCAGCCCCUUCACCAGCCCCGAGGCCGCCACCCCCCCCCCGCUGCCGCGCUCGCCCUCCACCGCCGCCGCUCUCAACGGGGAGCACAAGCCGCCGCCGCCCGCCGCCUCGUCUCACAAGGGACCGCUACCCACUCACAAUCAAAGCUCUAGAAAGAGUCCGGUGUCUCCAGGAUUUCAGCAGCCGCUGCGCUUCACCCCUGAAGGCGGCGGCGGCGGCUCGGGGAAACUACGACCCGUGCGAGCCGCUCCUCCUCCACCCAAACAGCACCACCCCCGGCGGCCGCAGGAGAAGAGCGACAAGACGGAGGAGGUGGAGAUCACACUGGUGUGACGGGCAGUAAGAAACUAAAGCGAGGUCAGCCCAACAGAAGGGACGUGGAAUAAAACCCGACGGCACCGCGGCCUCCACAUCCGUUCCUCCUCCUCAAGUUGAGGAGGAGAGGAUGGAGGAGGGGAUGGAGGAGGAGGAGGAGGAGGAGGGGAUGGAGGCAGCGUAUCCAUUUGAAUAAUCUCCGUAUUAGCUUCCCUCUCUACCCUCGACCCGUCCGUCCAUUCUUGCCUUAAGACUUUUAAAGAAAACCAGAGCGUGAGGAAGAGGAGGAAGAGGAGGCAGAAUGUUAAGAGGGGGGGGGGGGCAUGAGGGGAAAUGUAAUGAUGGGUUUGGCAAGUUUUCUUUUAUCUUGUUAACGCCUACUUGAAGUCAUGGUCGGUUUGGUCCCUCUGUACAGGAAGACCACAGAGAUAAAGCAACGUGCGGAUGGUGAACGGAGCCCCGAAAACAACAAAAUGUAGUAAAGAUAUAUAAGAUAUGCGUCGAGGACGAGUCGAACAUGUAAUACUCAAAGUGCACAACGCUACACACAAAUCGUUUCUUUUCUUUUCUUGUUUUCCUAAAUCUAAGAAUGAGGGGAAUAAAGCUUUUAUUUUGAAAGCGUGCAGUUUGGCCUGUUAGCUUAGCAACACUUAGCACGAUCCUUUUAGCUACCUAGCUGAAUCUCAUGUUAAUCAUCCCGGUGACGUUAGCAUACCGCCGUGAUGCCGCCGUGUGGCCGCCGUGUGAACUCCUACGUCACUCUUGAUGGAAUUGUUUACGUUGUCACAUUAAAAAAGUGGAACAUUUUACUUUUUUCCACCUUUGUUAAAUAAUGUAAUGUUGACAUUGGUGAAUGCGUAAAAUAUACGUAAAUAAAUAAAUAUAUAAUAUAUUUAAACUUGUACAGUGAUGUACAAGAACAGCUUACAAAAAAUAUACUUUUUUUUCAAAAUUAACAUUGAUUUAAUUGAGCAAUUUAAAAAAAUAGAUUAUUUAUUAUUAUUAUACAAUUAUUUAUUUUAAAUGAGAAAAUGUAAGUAAAAAUGUCUGCGUAAAGAUUUAGCUAAACGCUAACAACGCUAGGUAGCUUGGAAUUGAUUACUUUGACAUUUUUGAGAAAAGACAUAAAGAUUCUCUAUAAAUCUAAUAUCUAAAAAAAGAAAUUGAGGAUGACGGAAUAAAAACCAAGAUUUAAGAAAAGAGAGCUGCACUUAAAGGAUGAACAUGUCAUGAAGAUAGACGUGGGUCUCGAUAGCAUGUAGCUCGCCGGCUAACGUGCUAAAGCUCCAGUUCCAAGCCUUCAUACACCGAGCGGUCAGGCGGAGCCUCGGCGGUGUGUUGGUGGUCAACACGAGGAGCAGCUGGUGGAUUUAAUGCCCCCAAAACAGAUUAAAAUCAGUUAAAUUCAGUUUAUUUUCAUAUAUUCUACCGUUCAAAAGUUUAAAGUCACCAAGACAAUCUGGUGUUUUCCAUGAAAACUCACUUUUAUUUAUCAAAUGAAUUUCAAAAGGAAUAUAAAAUAUAGUCAAGAUGUUGACGAGGUUAUAAAUAAUGAUUCUGAUUGUAAAUAUUAAUGUAGUUCUUCUUGUGGCUCAAAGGAAGGCCAGUUUUAUCGCUUCUCUCACCAGCAUAACUGUUUUCAGCUGCGCUCACAUAAAAGGGUUUUCUACCCCUCCGCUAGUCUUCUAAGGUGAUAACACAAAGUACCAUUAGAACACUGGAGAUGGGCCUCUACACACCUCUGUAGAGACUUCAUAACUGUUUUCAGCUGCGCUCACAUAAAAGGGUUUUCUACCCCUCCGCUAGUCUUCUAAGGUGAUAACACAAUGUACCACUAGAACACUGGAGAUGGGCCUCUACACACCUCUGUAGAGACUUCAUUACACACCAGAGAAUAGACAUUUACACAUUAGCAACAUAUAUUUAUAAUUCAUUUAAUGUUAUCUUCAUUGAUAAAAACAGUGCUUUACUUUGAAAAAUAAGGACAUUUCUACGUGACCCCAAACUUUUGAACGGUAGUGUAGAUGCAUAAGUAUUUGUGUGCUAAAUACAAAGUUUAUUUAAAUACAUUUUUGGACUCAUCUGACGUCUUUUUACACAUUCUGAAUGUCGGGGCUCCGUUAAAAAACAUUUGAUUUUCCAAUCAGUAUAACACUUGCCAAACGCGUCACGAUUCUUAUGAUUUGAGGUUCAGAGCAAACGGAGGAGCCGGGCGCCGUCUGUAAACUCAUCGUCAUGCGUGUUCAAUGUGUAUUAGUACAGUACAUUACUGUCGUCAUGGGAACGCCACGCACGCGGUCUCAUCGGAGUACCGAUGUGUCCGACCGUGUCGCAGGAGUUUUUAAAUCCUCAUCGUAAAUACCGGAGAAAAAAAGGGCAUUGUAAAUACGGAAUGACGGGAGAGAUGGAGGAAGAAGAAGGGAGGAGAGAAGAGAGAGAAAAUGGAGGCUGGAUCCUCCUUUCUCCACCUCACUUCCCGCUGUUCCUUUCUUUUCUCCAACGUCUCACACACAGUUGCGUCAUAUAACGCACACAUUUCAAUAUUCUCUCCAUAUUCUCCGUGUGCUCGUCUCAGAGAGGACACAGGCGGUGCGUUCAGGGGCACCGGCAUCGUUGGUAUUCACUAUGUGGCGACAACAAAGAUUUUUAUUUGAGAUAAUAUAGACACUGCAUUUCUUUGGGGGGGUUAAGAGUUUUAUUAUUAACUGUAAAGCUUUCAUCCCUAAAGAUCAAUAUCUCACUUUUAGAUUUUUGUUUGGUUGAGAAACAUUUGACGGUAUUAUUUUUUAUUUUUAUGCUUUUUAUUUUAAUACAGAAGAGGAAAACUACUUUUUUUUAAUGUUUCAAUUUGAUAUUAUCCGUAUACUCAAGAUCUAUAAAACAAAUACAUUGAAAACUAGCAAAUGACAUUCAAGUGAAUUCUGUCGUGUUUUUUAACUUUUAUUUAAAGUAAAUAAAUCCCGAGUUCCCUUUAAGUCUUUGAACUCUGCCUAAAGGGCAGCGUAGCACUUUUAUUUAUACCGUAGAACUUUAGCAUCAGAAUGGAGAGAAUACAGAGUUUAAUACACAAAUCCAGAGUUAUUCUUUUCAUUCUGAUUCUGUAGUGAUUCUUUAUUUCAGUGUGACGGAUUCAUUUCCUCUUUUUAGAUUUUUUUAUUUCUCUUCCGAAGAGAUGAAGAGAUACUUUUAAAUGAUGAAAUGUGUAAAAGGUGUUUGUUUGUUUUAUAAAUGAUCAAAGGAAGGAUGUUUAUGAAUGGAGAGAGAGAGAGAGAGAGUUUUAAAUCCACAUUUAAAUUUAAUUCCUGACAAACACCGGAACACGUAACAAACUUAUUCUGAAGUUGUUUUUGUCCGUAGCACCGAGAACAAUCAGGCUAUGAAAUAUUAAAUGUAAAACUUUGUCUUUUUUUUUGCUCAGUUUCCACUUUGAGUUAUUUUUCAUUUUUAAUUUUUUUAGUGAAUCUUUUACUACGAGCCGUUUUUUGGGGUUUUACGUAUUAUAUAUAUAAUUAUUUUUAUUUCCCAUCGAGCGGCGACACACACACACACGCUGCAGACUGUUGCCACGGUGACAAUAAUGAGAUCAGGUGCAAACAGUGUUUCUGCAUAUUAUCAUUAUUAUUAUUAUCGGCUGUACAAAAAAAGAAGAAAGUUUGUAUUUAUUGUGUACAAAUGUUGAUUAAUAAAGAAAUAUUGAAAAGUUA